AUGCCAAAAACAACACCAAUGUCAACGUCGAAGAAGACGGAGACGAAGGCUUCCAAGCCAUCGUCAAGUUCAGCUUCAGCUUCAACCUCAAAGUCAAAGUCUGACUCAUCGCAACCAAAAUUAUAUUCAUCGUUUCUUCCCAUUCCUCUCAUACUUCCCUCUCUUCUGCCCAUACCCUGUUCGUCAUCCUCCUCAUCUUCAUCGUCAUUCAAGCCUUCAACAUCGGUGAAACACUAUAUCUACGCCCGACCACAUUCCAACACCAAGAAAUCAUCUUCGGGUGAAUUACCCGAAGGAAGGACGUUAUUCGUCACGAACCUUCCUGUGGAUGCUGGGAUCCAAGAUCUAAGAGGCAUAUUUGGGAAAUGGGGUGUGGUUGAAGAUGUAAAAUUAGCCGGAGUCGAAGUGGACGCAUUGGAACAAGCUGUUAAAGGACUUCCAAUCGAUGAUUCCGAUAACGACGAAUCCGAAGAUGAUGAUGAUGUGGAUGAUGAUGACGAGUCUGAUGUGGAAGGGAACGAGGAAGAUGAGAAUCAAGUGGAAGAGAAAGAGAAAGAGGGGAAGGCAGAACCUCAAUUUCAAGGUGAUAUGCCAAUCAAACUGACUAAAAAUCAAAGAAGAUCACAACGUAAAAAAGCCAAAUUAUCAUCAUUUGGUAAUUCGAUUCCAACUGUCAUACCAUUACCUUCAUUAGAACCCAGAACGACAUCAUUCGGAAAUUCUGGAUCUAGAUCAGGGCAUAUCAUUUAUCUUGAUCCAAUUUCCAUUUCCAGGUUAAUGACUUGUUCUUCUUCUUCUUCUUCUUCCAAAAGUGUUUCUGUUUCUCCAAUACUAUUGAAGAAUUAUCCAAUCGGUGAUAAGGACGGAGGAGAGAAAUUAGGAUUAGAUUAUUAUAAUGAAUUAUAUAAUACAUCAAGACCUUCCUGGAACGAUAUAAAAUUAUUCGCUGAUACGUCAAUGGAAAAAUUCGAUUAUCUACAUUCAUCAUUGUUAUCGUCAAGAGCUAAAAAACAGGGUGCAGGUGCUCUGGUAGACGAGGAUGGAUUCACAGUAGUAGUGAGAUCGGGUAAAUAUGGUAGAGCAGGUGCAAGAGGUCUAGAUAAUGGAAUGGGUAAAGGUGGUGUAGGUGUCGCUUCAAGAGGUUUCCAUAAAAAAUUGGAUGUUAAAAAGAAAGGUAAAGGUGCAGGUGAAUUACCUGAUUUCUAUAAAUUUCAAAGAAAUGAAAGGAAACGUGAAGAACUCGCGGAUCUACGUUCAAGAUUCGAAUCCGAUAAACAAAAAGUUGAAGAACUCAAAAAAUCGAGGAGGUUCAAGCCUUACUAG